GCCAAAGCAGCUCACCAUAUACGUCAAGGUGAGUAAUCAAGAUCCGCUGAGGGUUGUCAUUCGACGACAGGCUACCGGGGACGACGUUAAGAACGCUGUCUCUGUACAAGUGGAACGGAAACGCGCAAGCUUUGAUCUCUACGGGAUCAAUCCUCCUUUACCGUACUUGACGCCCGACCACGAGAUUGAAGAGAACGACGGUGUGGGCCAAGUGAUUCUGUCACAUCGAGUGGUCGACCUCUUCCAGCUCGGCGCUCCCAAGGUGGUGAACAAUGAAAAGAUAUAUUUCUAUGCAAAGUUGCACAAUGAAGAAGGGACCAUUCCCUUGAAGAGGCUCCUUCGGGAAGACGACGAACGAGAAUCAAAGCGAAGGCGCCUAGAAAGCAGAGAGAAACAGCGAAUGGCCGUAAAUCAAGGUCACACGACCGACUCAAGAAGCUUAUUGAUGAAAGCCCUGCACCGUCAAGGGUCGCAAAGAAGGGCAGCAACCCUAGUCCUCAGCUAUUAGAAGAACUCUUGGACGAUCAUCCCUAUUCCGGCAUACCGGUCGCUGUCUUCAAUGAAGUUCUUCUGGAGUUGCAAACGAAACUCGCCAGCAGGCCGGCUGACUUCAAACCCACCGAGAAUGAGCAGGAGGCAGCCUCUUUACUCCUGAUGGCCGCAAGACCCAGAUACCUUAUCGAAGAACCAGCGGGAACCGGCGACACUUGCCCGACUCGACGUGGGGCGAUGGAGCCGCAUCUCCAUCGCUUGAUUGGCCAGUUCCACCGAGUCUCAAACACAGACAAGACGGCCGCCGACGGUUCCUACGUAGUCCGUGUUUUCGGAGACGAAUCCUCUUUGUGGCCAGCGGCGAUGUACGAGUAUAAGAACUCCAUCUCAUCAUCGCAAACAGAGCCACAUUUGCAGCUGGCGCUAAUCCUCUGCAAGAAAUGGGGAAGCAAUGAGUCAGCCGAUGUUAUCAAGUGUAGCGCAUGUCCUACGAUCCUAUUGGUCAUCCCAGGCUAUCAGGUCGAUGUACAAGCCAUGAUCGUCGUAGGACGCCCGGUCGUCCAGAAGCUCAUCAAUCCCCUCGCCCUCGACCGUGCUCUUACUGAAGAGUAUGUUCAAGAAGUGUGCUGGAUCUUUAAGUGCAUACGGGCAGGGAUUGAAGGCCUGACAAGUUAUUAUCGCCGCCUACGGAAAGUCGACCAGCCGUCGGACGAAGCUUUUUUCCCCGUCUACACUGAACUGCCCAUCAGCAAGGGUUUGACAACCCAAACGGCGCAGAUCUAGUACCACUAAUGGCUAGAGGUGAACCGAUCUAGCUUCUCUCGAGCCGUUUUCUCAGGAAGCCUCACUGCAUGGGAUCAAGAACGUGAAGACUGCGUUAUCAAGUUCGUGGUUGAUUAUGGCAUCGCGGUGCAACAGCACGUCGCUGAAGUUGGUGCUGCUCCGAAGAUCUACGGCACCAAGCGUCUGUCGCCUUCGCUGCAGAUAGUCGUGAUAGAGGGAGCAUCGAUGCUAGACUGGACUGCGCUGACACCGGAACGCCAGGAAAAGAUAUCCAAACAACUUGCAGACCUGGCAGAAGCACUCGACGCCGGCGGAUUCGUCCAUGGCGGCAUACGUGUUCUACUCACGCGCGAGGAUGAAGUCAAGUUGCUUGAUUUUGAUCUUGCGGGCAAGGAAGGGGAGUCCAGACAUCAAUCCGGAGAUCGAAUGGCCCGAAGGGGUAGGAGCUGGCAAGCCCAUCAGAAAGUCGCACGACCAAGCCAUGAUUGAGUUGCUCAAAGGGCCUACGGCACAAGAUGCAGGAGGAAA